GGACCCUCGGUUUGCCAAUUCUAACAUCCUACUGUAGCCGCCGGAUGUGAUGAUAGCUAUGGCACCUUGAAAGGAAAAUUUCUCUUCCUCGCAGGAAACACGGCGCGCGGUUGUGUGAAUUUCUCGAAUUCGGGGCAUGCGCAGCUAAGGGGGACCGGAAGAAUCGUCUCGUCUGUGCGUUCGUCUCCUCGGUUGAUCGGCGCGAUUGCUAAUUGCUAUGGCGGAUCGUCCGGGCAGCCCCGACAACAGCUCCGAUGAAUCGGGCGGAGGGGGAAAUCUGAGCUCGCUGUCGCCGCGCGAGCAGGAUCGCUUCCUCCCCAUCGCCAAUGUGAGCCGGAUCAUGAAGCGCGGGCUGCCCGGCAACGCCAAGAUCUCCAAGGACGCCAAGGAGACGGUCCAGGAGUGCGUGUCGGAGUUCAUCAGCUUCGUCACGGGCGAGGCGUCGGACAAGUGCCAGCGCGAGAAGCGCAAGACGAUCAAUGGGGAUGAUCUGCUGUGGGCGAUGAGCACGCUGGGAUUCGAGGACUACGUGGAGCCGCUCAGGGUUUACCUCCACAAGUACCGCGAGCAGGAGGGCGAGAAGGCAAUGCUGGCCAAGGCGGGCGAGCGCGAGUCUCACGCCGAUCCGGCGCCACUGCCGCGAGCGAUGAUCAUGUCUGGCUAUGGAUUCCACCACCGCUGAUCAAAGCCAAGCGAUCGAUGGGAUUUCCAGUUCCUUUCUCCUUAGUAGUAGGAGAAAUUGACACCACGCUGAGCUUGUAAUCACUUCCUGAAACUAACAGCAAAUCCUUCCUUCCACUUCUUCCUCUUUGUCGAUGUUCUCCCAGUCACUGUUGCUCGAUGGUCAAUCAAAAUCCCUCCACUUUGGCC